GCCCGCGGGAAAAGGGCCGUCGCCGCAUGCGCGCGCUCAGUCGGCGGCCGCGCGCAGCAAGCUUUGGGCGCGGAUGGCGGCGGCGGCUAGCAACGGGACGCCCCGAGAGGAGGAGGGGCCCGCAGGGGAAGUGGCAGCCUCGCAGCCCCAAGCCCCGACGAAUGGGCCCGGGGUUCGACUCUCGAGGCUGCCUCUGGCGCGAGUGAAGGCCUUGGUGAAGGCGGACCCCGACGUAACGCUCGCGGGACAGGAGGCCAUCUUCGUUCUGGCGCGAGCCGCGGAACUGUUUGUGGAGACCAUUGCAAAAGAUGCUUACUGUUGUGCACAACAAGGAAAGCGGAAAACCCUCCAGAGGAGAGAUUUGGAUAAUGCAAUAGAAGCUGUGGAUGAGUUUGCUUUUCUGGAAGGUACUUUGGAUUGAUUGCUCAACUGGACAGUUUCAAGAAUCUCUGCAUCUUUCAGUUCAGCCCUCUCUAAAGGCCUCAGCUUUGAAGAACAGGGCCUCUGCACACAUAUGUCCUCUUCCUGUUCUACCUUUACCUGAACUGACAUAAGCAAAGAUCUCAUCUGACAGCUUCUCACUACAAGGUCUUCCACUAGUGUCCGUCUUCCACUUCAGGCCUGGAAGCAGCUGCUGCUGCUUAGGGCAGAAAUUGUUCUGUACAGGGGGCUUAAUAAAUGAUGAGGCCCAGAAUAAAGGUCUCUGGUCAAUUUCAUUCUAUGUUUUGUUUUAUAAUCUUUAUGAUUGGUCUUCAUGCCCCAUGAUGGAAGGGUUACCAUGCUGUGGUGCAGACCUUCCCACCUGUCCCUGUCAGCCUUCUAUAUCACAGUCCUUUCAUUUAUUUUGUUCACUUUUCUGUCAUGUUACCAGAAUAUGGGUCCAGAAUGUAUGGAAUGGCCUUUUUUCUGGAGUCAAAUAAAUGUCCUGUACUGAAAA